AACAGCUCAAUAUGCAGAUAGAGAAAUCUUGUGAAUAAUUAUAUAUUUCACUUACCCUUCUGGUUGUUCAUUUUGCUGUGUACUUUGUCUCGUUUUAUAGUCACAUGCAGACAGACGAAGCAGGCCCACUACUGAACCAGUGGAGUCAAGAGAUGGACAUUUAAGAUGGUAGUAUUUACCACUUUGCUUAUCCAGAAGCAAGAGGAACAUGGUGUAUGUGGACAGAACAUACCAACUAUUUAUUUAGUCUUUAAUCAAUAAAAUGUGCUAGUAAUUUUUUAAAACUCUUUUUUAGACAACUGUAAUAGUGCCUUCAUGGUCAAAAAUCAACCAAACCAAACGUGCUGCUUCCUUAAACCACUGGAUUGGUGUCAAAGGUUAGAUUUUUAAAAGCCUAUUACUUGUCUAUAAAACACAAACACUAAAUUGUCUCAGACCCAAAUACAUCGAUUUACUUCAAUUUGACCCCUCAGGUCAUCUGGGACAGGUUUACUCAGUGUUCAGUUUACUUGCUUGUUUUUGCUUUUGCUUCUGUUUUAAUUGUCUUUUUAUACAAUUUUAAUGUCUUACAUUUAAUGUUUAUCUAUACUGUAAUGCACUCUUUCUUCCUCCUUCCUCAGCCCUUCCCUCAAUAUGUUAUUCUCAUAUUCCCACUUCCGUCAUCAUUAAAACUACCGAAGGGAUCUUCGCCUCCCAGCACCACACCCUAGUCUGUUUCUUUUACAGAUUUGGUUAAUAUAAAUAGUUUUUAAGACAUCUGACUUGGCACAAAAAUAGAGACUUACUCACAGACGCACUGAAAACUAUAAACAGAACCGUCUCCCUGCUUCUCCGCCCUUUCCUCAGCUCUGUCCUUGGGCGGGGCUGCAUACACACACACACACACACACACACAGAUGGGGUGAGCUAUGAGGUCAGAGAGGCCACCGUGUCCCGGAGCCACUUAACUAGCUGAAGUGAGGAUUGCUCGAGUCGAGGAUUACUACGCACGUUACUGGGAGCUGAGUCUACUCUGCAGGAUCCUGUGGCUUACUGCUGACGGAGCAGGAUGAUGAAGCUUAGCUCCAGCUGGAGGGUAUAUCUUCUUAAAGCUGUUUCCCACUCUGUUGGCUACUUGUGUGUGGAGCAGUAGGAUGCACUGAUACCAAGUCCAGGUUAAAUCAAGUGGAACCUUGAAACCCAAAUAAUCAUAGCCAUGCUCUGCUGCUAGCGUUAAUGCCUUUCUGUAAUGUAUCCUGGUGUAAGAAGAGAUUAUAACUUCGAGACUAGAGGAUCGCCUGGAUCAACCACAACAACAGUGAGCACAGGAGCCAUGGAGCCUCCAGUGACCACUAAAGAUGAGACAAGAGACAUAGAUUCAUCCCUCCCUCUUCCAGACGUUACGCCAGGAGCUUUUUCUGAGCUUGCAACAGCCAAGCGGCGACAUAAAAGUACAACAGAUAUUCUAUAUCGGAAUAUUUGCUUGCAUCCUCCAUCUGCUCCUGGUGUCACAGAUACAGAGCAAGCCUUCUUACAUCGCUGCUCACUAGGAGAGGGCAAAACUGUUACACACUACCCUCGCCAUGCCCUCAGUGUACCUAACAUGGGCAGCACCAGUCCCUUCCGCGUCAUCAGCAACAGUCCUCUCCACAGCAUCCAGCUCUCACCAGCACACAGCAAUAUAUCCAGCCCUGCUAGAGAGAUGGAGAGGCUGGGCAAGGCUCGGAGUAAACUCCUGGAUCAGUGUAACCAAACCCCUACCAUUCCUCCAGAAACCAGAGAGCAACUUCGCUAUGUCUCUAAGGAUGGAAAGUGCCGUGUCAACCUGUGUCAUAUAUCUGAAAGAGGCCGCUUCCUGUCUGACAUCUUUACCUCUUUUGUGGACCUCCAGUACCGCUGGUUUCUAUUUGUUUUUAUGAUGUGCUACAUCACCACCUGGUUCCUGUUUGCUGGACUCUACUUCUUGAAUGCCUCCUUUCGCGGUGACAUAGGACAAGAGCGACCCUUUGGUACCCCCAAAGAUCAUCUCAGAGACCAAAGUCCCUGCUAUUUAGGUGUAGACAGCUUCAUCUCAGCUCUGCUCUUCUCAGUGGAGACACAACGCACCAUUGGUUAUGGAUCACGUACCGUGACUUCCAUUUGCUACGAGGGUGUUAUGCUGGUAAUGAUGCAGUGUAUUGUUGGCUCCAUGAUAGAUGCACUCAUGGUUGGGUGCAUGUUUGUCAAAAUAUCCCGACCUAAGAAGCGGGCUGAGACACUUCUUUUCAGUCGCACUUGCGUUAUCGCCAACCGUGAUGACCAGAUGUGUUUAAUGUUCCGCCUUGGGGACUUGAGAGAAAGCCACAUGGUUGAUGCCAAGGUUCGUGCAAAGUUAAUCAAGUCCCGCCAAACAGCUGAGGGUGAGUUCUUACCACUUGAGCAGACAGAAAUCAACCUUGGGUAUGAAACUGGUUCAGACAGACUCUUCUUGGUGGAGCCUCAAGUCAUUCAGCACAACAUUGACUCAAACAGUCCACUCUGGGAACUGGGUCCUGAGCAGCUUAGACAACAACAGUUUGAGAUAAUCAUCAUCUUGGAAGGAAUUGUUGAGGCGACAGGCAUGAUGUGUCAAGCCAAAACAUCCUAUAUUGAAACAGAGAUUGAGUGGGGCGCUUGCUUUGAACCCUGCAUGACACUGGAGAAAGGUUCAUUCAGAGUUGACCUGCGUCGGUUCCACACCACCUACCAGGUACCACUGCCUAACUGCAGCGCCAGCCAGGCACAUCAGUUAAUGGUUCUGACAGACUGUAAACUCCAAGAUUCCAAAGUUAGCAGAGACUGGGGAACAUGAGAAGAGGGAAUGGCAGAGGAGCCCAAAGGCGAGCCACAGUCUCAUGGAGGAUACACUAUUGGUAACAUUCAGGAGGAGAGAGCAUCUGAAGGCAGUCAAAGUGGAGGGAAUGCAGACAAAAGCUUGUCAUAAUAGCAGCUGAUGAAAGACUUUCUGCAGGAUGUAGCUAUGUAAUAGUUUUUAUAGUGAAUAUCAAAUAAGGAAUGUAUGGAUAAGCCUUUUUCACAGUGGAUACAUAGACAUGUCACAGUAAGAAAUGCACAGGUAUAAAUAACUGCCCCAAAGUACUGUUGCCACAGCUGUGAAGCUUUCCAGUCCAGCGCUAGCAGAUUUACCACUCCAAAUUCAGAGUAAUUUUUACUUUCAGACAGAUGGGCAAUAUCAAGCUUCCCAUUUCUAUCCAGCAACUGUCUGUUUCCCUACUGAAAUAACAACUGUCGCUGGCAGAUUUAUUAACUGUAGAUGAGUUUGAAAACAUUGUCUCCAGCUGACUUGUUUUGAAAUGAGAAGGGUGUUAAGGGAGUUUUUUUUUUUUUAAAUAUCCAUUUGCUUACUACAUAUACAAUAUGUAGCUUCACUUAAAAGACUACUAACUUGUAUUUUACAGGCAAAAAGUUGCCAUCCUCAUCAGCUGAUCCACAUAUAAGACCAAAAAAUAAAGCAAAGCAUUGUUCUUGCAGUGUAGAGUUAGUCCUAGUUUUUCAAGUGCAAUGCUGAAAAAAGUGAGGCCAUUCUCUCUAGCAUCUCCCUGUUUGGCUGCUUUGCUAAUAUAUUCAUGUUUUCAAACAGCAUUUUACUGUUAACAUUACAAGAGAAAA